ACGCGCGCGUUUGGACGCCUAAAAAAAAAAAGAAAAGAAAAGACCGGCGUGCCCAGACCCCAGAGAAAGAGGAAGAGAGAGAGAGAGAGAGUGUUGAGAGACGUUGGGGUGGCACCAUGGUGCAACACACCGACAACAGCGAGACGGACGGGAGCAUGUCACGGGAGGCGACCGACUCGGAGGAGAGUGAAUUUAUGGCGUGCAGCCCGGUGGCCAUCAACCCGGACUGGUGCAAAACCGCCACGGGCCACAUCAAGAGACCCAUGAACGCGUUCAUGGUGUGGUCCAAGAUCGAGCGGAGAAAGAUCAUGGAGCAGUCGCCGGACAUGCACAACGCCGAGAUCUCCAAGCGGCUCGGCAAGCGGUGGAAGAUGCUGAAGGACAGCGAGAAGAUCCCGUUCAUACGGGAGGCGGAGCGGCUCCGGCUCAAGCACAUGGCCGACUACCCCGACUACAAGUACAGACCCAAGAAGAAACCAAAGCUCGACAGCUCCAAGUCGUCGUCGUCGUCGGCGCCGUCGCCGGAGAAGUGCGGCAAAAUGGCAAAGACCCCCAGCAAGAAGUGCAGCAAGAUCAAGACCAAGGGCGGCCCCAAGUCCUACGCGGACGAGUGCGGCGGCGUGUUCCCGGCCUUCAAGGCGGCCAAAGUCAUCAAGAGCGAGCCCGUGAGCGACGAGGAGGACGACGACGAAGACUUCGAGGAGGACUACCGUAUGCACCAGCACAUGCACCGCCACCAGCGGGUCGGGGGGAUUAAGGAGGAGCGCCUGAGGCCGUACAACGUCGCCAAAGUGCCCGCCAGCCCCACGCUGAGCUCCUCGGCCGAGUCUGAGGGGGCCAGCAUGUACGAGGAGCUGCGCGGCUCCACCAACACCGCCGCCAACAGACUCUUUUACAACAUCAAGAACAUUUCCAAGCAGAGCGCUUUGCACGCUGCUUCCGUCUCACCAGCAUCCUCCAGGUCGGUCUCCACAUCCUCCUCCUCCUCCUCAUCCUCCUCCUCCUCCUCUUCCUCAUCCAGCAGCUCCUCUUCCGAGGACGCGGACGAUUUGCUGUUUGACUUUAGUUUGAAUUUCGCCCCCAGCGCGUCUGGUUCGGAGCUGGGCAACCCCAAUUCAGGGAACCUGUCGUUGUCCCUUGUGGAUAAAGACCUGGACUCGUUCAGCGAGGGCAGCCUGGGUUCUCACUUCGAGUUCCCAGACUAUUGCACGCCUGAACUCAGUGAGAUGAUCGCGGGGGACUGGCUGGAGGCCAACUUUUCCGACCUGGUCUUUACAUACUGAGCGAAAAAGUAAUAACACGGAGGGGAGAAUUCAAUGAUAUGUUUGUCCUGAUCAAGUUGUCCCUAAAGACCCUGCCUCCCUCUUGUUUUGGGGGGGUGGUCCUGUGUUUCAGGACCAGCAGGCAAGGUGAGGUUUGAGAUGCUUAUGAAGCUGGUAGCAAAAAAAUUUAAAAAAACAAACAAACUUUUUUUUUAAUUGUUAUCUGGCAACAUGACAGGGUUUUAUGGAUUUUUUCCCCCCCUGCCACAUAAGGGGAAAAACACAAACUUCUAUGCAUCUUAUCCUCUUUUUAGACAAACUGCAGGGAGACGAAACUUGUGGACUGACUCGAAGCAAAUCUGUGAACUGUUCAGGAUGUUACUUUAACAAGAGAAAAAAAAAAAAUUCUGUAAUUUCUAAAUCAAAUGUUUUUGUUUUUUGUAACCGAUUCUGUUUACCUCCUCCUUGUUUGGAUAAAUUUGACAAACCUCAGCAGCGUACACACAACACGUGGAGGAAACAUUUUGAUACAUGACAGACCUCAUCUUUUUAAAAGAAAAAGUAAGAUAUUUUCAGGCAUAUUUUUGUACAGUCAAAAGGGAAUGUUCUUACUGUGCUUUCAGUGAGUUUCAGGCACUUCUUCCCUUUAUCCUUUUUUUGUUUGUUUUUACGCAUGCAAGGGAGUCCUGGUUUUAAGGAUUAAGUUAAAUUAAAACUUGCAUCAAAAAUGCCUUGUGAUUUUUCAGCUAGGUCUUUUGUACAGUUGUAGAGCAGAUUUGUUGAGUAUUUGUAGACAAUACAAUGGCGUCAUGGGGGAUACACAUACCUCAGAGCUGGAACUAGUUUCAAGAUUGUAUAUGUACUGUAAUAUAGUAAAGUUAGGAGUUUAUGUAUAUCAUACUCGUGAUAUGUGGAUGGGUCCCGAUCGCAGGUGUGAAACUGGAUUUUUUGGUAUUUUUAUGGCACAUACUGUUUUUUCGCCCCUCUCAUUUUUUUGUGCAAUAUAAUACUCUUUAAGAAACAGACCAUCAAAAAAUUGUAGCAAGUGAUGGGAAAAUUUGAACAGACUUGUGCACUGUCGACAUCGUCUCAUGUUAUGAUGCUGAAGCCUGUCCGGGCAGACAAAGAAUAAAAACAAAUCAGCUGGAACUGAUGCAAAACAAGUUCGUAUGGCCUGUGGUGUGAUGAAUACAAACACAUUUUGAAUGUUAUUGGAAAUAUUGUGGGGAGAACCAACCAGUUGACAUGACGAUUACUUCUGCAAAACGGCAUGGUGUGGUACAGUUGUGGUCAAAGCAAGCAAAAAAAAGUACAUUCCACACUCCUGUUUCAUUAAAUGAAACUUUAUUUUAAAACUGAAGACUGCCUUCUUUUUUAUCAUAAACCAUAAACCUGUAUUUUUUAUUUCUUGCACUUAAAAAAGCAGUUAUUUUUUUUUUAUGUGAGCCUCUCAUAUGAAGUCUGUUUGAUUUAAAAAAAAAAAAAAAAAAAAAAAAAGGUUUUGGACUACGACUUAAUUAUAUGCCGAGACAUUUUUAUUUUUCUUGUUGGAAGUUCUGGGCAGUCGUUACUUCGCAUUCCGAGUGUGAACCUGUCAUCUUUUUUGAAUAAAUAACAACCUACCACCAUAGACUGUCCUUUCAGUUUGUGAAUAUAUGUACACAACUGUUACUUGUUUUGAAAACGGAUGUGUUAACAGUAUGAUGCCUCGUUUGUAUUUAGGC